UUUAUAGUUUGUAGUUAGACACAAGAAUAUAGGGACACUUCACACGGCCACACCGUGCCGGUUACCAGCUAACGCUAGCUAGCUACUCAAGCUAACCCUAGCUGGCUGAGAGGCUUUCUUUCGACCGACGCAACAUCCACUGAGCCUGCAAGCGAAGUCUGUCAAAAUGAGCGCACCCUCCUCCCAAAAAGUUGUGCUGAAAAGUACCACCAAAGUGUCUCUAAAUGAGCGCUUCACUAAUAUGCUGAAGAACAAGCAGCCCACUGCGGUAAGCAUUCGAGCCACCAUGCAACAGCAGCAUUUGGCCAGUGCCCGCAAUCGCCGGCUGGCCCAGCAGAUGGAGAACCGGCCCUCAGUGCAAGCUGCUCUGAAUCACAAGCAGAGCCUGAAGCAGCGCCUGGGGAAGAGCAACAUCCAGGCCAGGCUGGGCCGGCCUAUGGGGACUCUGAUGCGUGGAGGAGCUCCUGGAGGCAGAGGAGGAAUGCGGGGGAUGACCAGGGGUGGCCUGCGAGGACGAGCCAGAGGAGGAGUAAUGAGGGGAGCUCUUUCCCUGAGAGGAAAGCGAGUGUCUUCUUCAGGUGGCCCCAUGCGAGGCCGUGGCUCUGCUGGCCGUUUGGCAAUGCGUAGAGGAGGCCGCCACCGUGGAGGACCUGGUGGCAGAGGAGGAGCUCUGUCCCGAGGAGCAGCACGAGGAGGAGUAGCCAGAGGCCGCGGGGGACUGCGUGGACGCGGCGGUUUUGCCGGUAGAGGUGGUCGCGGCCGCGGGCGGGGCCGAGGCGUUGGUCGACCAACUGUGACCCGUGAACAACUGGACAACCAGCUGGACGCCUACAUGUCAAAGACCAAAGGUCACCUGGAUGCUGAGCUGGAUGCCUACAUGGCCCAGGCAGACCCAGACAGCAUGGAGUGAUGCUGAAGGACUCUGACGCAGACACAUCUAGAGUCACCGCAGAACUGUACAGCUGAAGUCACACAUACAGUGUAGUUUUCCACCAGAUUGAUGGGCUGAGAAAAGCUUGUUUAUAAUUUAGAUAAGAGUGGUGACAGUCAAAGACUCGUAGCUUUGGAACAGCAGGAAAUCAAGGUUACACUUGAACAUGCUUCGACCACUACUCAAUUCUGCAUCAACCUGCUCCUGCAAACCCCUUUUAAAUCUGGAAUAACUGUGUGAAGGGACCUUUUAAACAUUAACAACCCCUGCUGUUUAUAAAUGACAGUUUUUAUUAUUACUUUUUUUUUAAUAUAUGACCUGAAACACUUAAAACAUUUGGGACAGAUAUGUUAUAGUCAGUGAUCCAGAUGAUGUGUUUAACCUUCUGUUGAAACCGAUCUAUGAGUUACACCUGUUUGUUUUUUUUGUUUUUUUUUUCUACUUUCAUUUUAAAUGUCAUUUUAGCGUUAGUUUGCAGAGACUGAUGGGGAUUUAUUUGUUGGCUUAACUUGGAAACAUUUGCAAUGCAAAACUUUUCUAAAUUAUUUGUUAAAAGAAUGUAAGCAACAAGUUUUUAAGCCAAGUAUCCACUUGUCAUUGUUUUGUAUUUAAAAGAUGUAGUACUUUGAAGUUUUUUUGUUCCUCUGUAUCUUCCACCUGUCGGCAUACUUCAGUGGACUGCUGACAUUCUUAACUUGUACUUGAGAGCAUUUGUAUGACAUGAUCCAAAGCAAGUAACAUAGGUUUUAAUUAAAAUGGAAAUGAUUUCCCUAA